GGGGAGGAGGAGCAUCAGAUGGACGUCGACCAUGAGUCCGGAUCAGAGCCAGUUCGCUACAUCCGCAGCCGCAUCGCCAAUGCGUGCGAUGGAUGCAAGACGCGCAAGGUCAAGUGCGAUGGGAAGCUGCCGUGCGGAUUCUGCGUUGCGAGACAGAGAGCGCAUACAUGUCGCUAUUCGCCGCAGAAGAGACGCAGACAGUCGCAGCUUCAGAAGCUGCCAAAGGGCGGCUCAUUGCGGUCGCCGUCGCCGAUGGAGACGCCGGGAUCGAUGGCUUCGAGGCGCGUGUCGUCGGUGAAUGCUUCGUCUCCGGCAAUGCGAAGUGAGAGGCAGGCAUCUGCGCUGCAUCAGAGCCAGGAGCUGUCGGUGGCGGAGGACGAGACUGAAGUCCAGCGGGAGGCGAGGCUGCUGUGCGAUGCCCAUGGGAAGCUGACGUUUAUUGGAGACUGCGCGCCGCUGUCGUUUUUCCAGUCGGUGCGGCGGCUUGUGACGAACAGAAUUGGCCAGAAUGCCUUUGCGCCGCAGACGAGUCGGUUUUCGGUUCUGGAGAAUGCACCCGCGAGACAGACGAAGCGGUCGUUGAGAGAUUCGAGAGUACCGCAUGUUCGGCCUGCUGAUGUUACGCCUGCUGUGGCGACGUAUUUGUCGACGACGGCGAGUUUGGUGGAUUUGUUUGACAACUCAAAGCUGUUGGAUGACUUGGUUAUAUGGGCAAAUCUGGCGCAGAAGCCGGAUAAUGUCACGACCAUUAUUCACUUUCUCGUGCUUGCUAUUGGGUUGCAGGCGGACAGCGAUGCGCUGUCGCAGCAGUAUUUUGAGUAUGCGCGUGAUUUGGCAUAUACGGAUCUGAGCGACAGUCUUGGCGUCGAGACGGUCCAGGCAUUCAUCUUGGUUACGGUGUACAUGCUGUGCUCGUGUCAGAUCAAUGGGGCCUUUCUCUUCUUUGGCAUUGCUGCGAGGGCGGCGUACUCGAUUGGUUUGCAUCGGACCGAGGUGAAUGCCCGGUUUGGACAGGAGAUUCAUCGUCAGCGAGAUCGUCUCUGGAAGAGCCUGCGUGUGCUCGAUCUCUUUCUUAGCAGCUCUCUGGGGAGGCCGCCUUCGACGUCGGAUGUGGAUUGCACUGUUCCGUACCGUGCGGUGGAUGCGGAUGGGAACGAAGUGUUUGACUUGCUCAAUGCGUCUGUGCAGAUUCUGGUUAUACUGGAGUGUAUCAUUUUGGAGAUUUACUCGCGCAAGAAGAUUUCCAUGCGGUUGACUGAGGGCAUCUCCUUGCAGCUGCGCGAAUGGUCGGGGCGAUGGCUCGGCUCAUUGAAGGACAUGAUUGCGCAGCCGGCGGGCCGCAACGAGGCCCAGGUCACUGGCGCGUGUCAGGUGCUGUCGUCGUAUUACUACGCGGUGAUGCUUGUGUCGCGGCCGUUUCUGAUCCUGAUGGUGGAUCCGGUCUUGGACUUGAUAGAGAGGGGCAUCCUGAGGGGGAAGGCUCCUUUGCUGGUAUCGUGGCUGUUUGCUGCGUCGCUUGUUCUCGGUGUCGGUCUGCUCGGCGGGUUCAGCCGCAUCUUGGAAAAGUACACGCGCAUGUCUAUCCAAGCCAUGGACCACCUUGCGCAAAACGACGCCCAUGCGCGGCAGUACUCGCUCAUUGCGCAGUCGCUGCUGACAACGGCGUUGGAGCACCUGGAGAGACAGGACCUUCAGGAUCGCCUGCGCCGCACGGAAAACUCGAGUCACUUGUUCGGCUUGACUCCAGAUACAGCGCCUGAUGUCAAUGAUGGUGACGGCCGCGCCUCGGUGCUGCAGAGCCAGAGUCUAGCGGGGAUGGGAGAGAUGGAUUCCAUCUUCUUGGGGCUGUCGGAGCCGAUGCUGCAUACGCCGGAUACUACGUAUUGGGAUGGGAUUGUGGGGAAUGACAGUGACCCGAAUUCGGCGUUGAAUUUGUUUCCGUUGCUGGAGACGGGGGGAGGGAUAGAUUUGGCGCAUUGGCUGUAGGUGUUGGGUUUGUUUGUUUAGAAGGGUGUGAUGUUCUUUAGCCGGCCACUGGUUCACGGCAGUUGGAUGAGUUUAGCUUCGUCUAACCUCUGAAAGUAAAACGAAAUAAUGGGUAUAGAUGAGAUGAUUUUCGAAAUGGACAUUUCUAAAAUG